AUGAAACGGACAUCCUCUACAUCUUCUCCUCCGUCCACUCCAGCCCCUUCUGCAAACAUGGUCGAUAUCAAGCCUGAUUUGAACCAACAUACUCCCAUCGCCAAGAAGCCCAAAUCCGCCUAUAAAGGAGCAUCAACUACUGGUUCUCAAACUCCUUCACCUGAUAGCAAGACGAAGAAUAACGAUAGUACUUGGACUCCAGAGAAGAAGGAGAGAUUUCUCGAAAAGAUCUUUUCAUUGGGUAUGAAAGCUGCUAAUAUCGAAGAGCUUUGUGCAGAGUUCGGACUCACAAAGUUGCAGCUUAAAAACGCUACUCAAUCAGGAAGGAAAGGAAAUUUGCGAGAUAAAGCUUGUAAAGCCAUCAGAGGUGAUACUCAGUAG